ACGACUCCAAAAUCUCGAACCAGAACAUUCGCUCGGAACAUGGGCAACUCCAACUCGUCUCCAUCAACCGCCGAUGUCACGGCAGCGAACCCCGAUGACGCCGGGGCUGGAAGCGGCCGAUGCCCCAGCAUAGGAGGCCUGGAUGACUCCUUGGUUGCUCCUAUGAGUACAACUGAGAUUCAUAUCCAGCCAACGGCAGAUGCGUGCCAAUCGACACCGUCCAAGCAACUCCAAGCAACAGACUUUGACCUUGAGGUCGAGAGCGCGAUGGCAUCGACCACGACAUUUCCCGAUACAGGCCCAGAGCCAUCGGGUCGAUCUCGACGUGUUGAAGACUACUACGUCCUGGAGAGCACACGCCUUGGAAGAGGUCACUACGCCACCGUGUAUCGCGGGCGAAGCCGCCGCACGAACCAACCAGUAGCAAUCAAGAAGAUUCGCCGGGCUCUGACCGACGAAACGCGGCUCAAGUCGGAAGUUGCCGCGCUCCGCAAGAUUCAAGAACACCCGAAUAUUGUAUCCCUCCUCGAUGUCUUUGAGACCGCCGGCGACGUGUAUGUCGUCAUGGAGCUCUGCACGGGCGGUGAACUCUUCGAGCGAUUGGCAGAGAAAGGUCCGUACUCGGAGAUGGACUGCGUUCGACACGUGCGCUGCAUGGCGGAGGCCGUUGCGUUCAUGCACGCCAACGACAUUGUGCACCGCGACCUGAAGCCCGAGAAUAUUCUUCUGAGCACCCCCGACGACACGCUGGCUUGCAUCAAAAUCGCCGACUUUGGCCUUGCCAAGAUCACGACCGCCACAUCCAUGAAGACCAAGUGCGGCACGUGGGGCUAUUCUGCACCCGAAAUGAUCUCGGGGUCUGGAUGUACUUUCGGCUACGACGCGAAGGUCGACUCGUGGAGCCUUGGCACCAUCCUUUACAUCCUACUCUGCGGCUUCCAUCCUUUCGACCCUAACGGAACACGAUCCGACAAUGACAUGAUCGCAGCAAUCAAAAAGUGCCACUUCGACUACGCAGAUGAGGCGUGGGUGGGUAUUUCGAUUCAAGCGAAAGACUUGAUCAAGCACCUUCUCGUCCUUGACCCAAACGAGCGCUAUUCGAUUGCCGACGUUCUCGCUCAUCCAUGGAUCACGGGCCGCGAAGGCGUCGACAUUCCUGUGCAGCCUCUAUCGCCGACUAUACACACGGACCUCGCGCGCUUUCAAAAGACAACGAGAGCCAAGAUGUACGAUGAAGUUGAUGAGAACGAGGCAUAGCUCCGCUAAAUGAGGCAAAUACAAAAACAGAUUCGCAAAUGAGACCGAUCACGCCGA